GACCAUUUAUGUGGGUACCAACACUUCCCGUUCUAGAAUCUUCUUCGUUUUCUUUUUCUCUUUAAAGCUGUUGUUAAUUGUGUAAUAAUCGAUUGAGAUAGAGAACAUCUUCUGUUGAUUUGAACUAGCAAUUGAAUCAAAAAGUAGCAGAUUGGUAUAUUACUGUUUGUUUUGAACCUUUUCUUUUUUGACAUUUACUCUUUUAUCAUCCUUUUUACUUUGUGACGUGCUCAUCUAUUUGGAUAUGGACGACUUGGAUUUAUCAUUAGAGCCUACUCUUAAUCAUAUAUUCGACAAGGACUCGACGUUGAAAUGGAUUUUUGUUGGUGGAAAAGGUGGUGUGGGUAAAACCACUUCUUCAUGUUCUACUGCCAUUCAAUUAGCGUUAUUGAAUCCUGAUAAGCAAUACUUAUUGAUAUCAACUGAUCCUGCUCACAAUCUUUCUGAUGCCUUUGGUCAAAAAUUUGACAAAGAUGCAAGAAGAGUUGAAGGCUUGAAUAAUUUAUCGUGUAUGGAAAUUGAUCCAAAUGCAUUCAUAGAAGAUAUGAAAUCCUCCAAUGCUUUACAAAAUCAAACCAAUGAUCCUUCAAAUCCAUUUAGUGGCUUAUCAUCCAUAAUGAAUGAUAUGAGCACUACGAUUCCCGGUAUUGAUGAAGCAUUAUCAUUUAUGGAAGUUAUGAAGCACAUUCAAAAACAAGACGCCAAUAAAGAUGAUAAAAGUGGUAGUAAAAUUGAUUAUAAUACAAUAAUUUUUGAUACUGCACCAACCGGUCAUACUUUAAGAUUUUUACAGUUGCCAGCAACAUUAGAAAAAUUAUUAGGCAAAGUAAACGAUUUGUCUGACAGAUUUGGGCCAUUAUUAAAUAAUUUUAUGGGAUCAGCAAAUUUGAAUCAAAAUAAACAACAAGACAUUUUCAAAAAAUUAAAAGAUAUUCAAGUGACCGUCAGUGAAAUUAAUAAACAAUUUGUCGACCCUGAAUUAACAACAUUUAUUUGUGUUUGUAUAUCAGAAUUUUUAUCAUUAUAUGAGACCGAAAGAUUAGUUCAAGAAUUAAUAAGUUAUAAUAUGGAUGUUAAUUCUAUUAUUGUUAAUCAAUUGUUAUUUAGUGAUGAAGCCAGUUGUAAAAGAUGUUUAUCAAGAUGGAAAAUGCAAAAAAAAUAUCUAAAUGAAAUGUAUGAUUUAUAUGAGGAUUUCCAUUUAAUUAAAAUGCCCUUAUUGGGUAAUGAAAUUAGAGGUUUAGACAACUUGAAGAAAUUUAGCCAAUUUUUAAUAAAACCUUAUGAUCCAAAAGAAGAUGAGCAUAUUAUUUUUGAAUUAGAAAACAAAGAUUAAAUUAAUUAUAAAAUUACAUACAUAUCAGAUAGGUAUUAAAUAAAUAUUACAUUAUUUACAUUAGAAAAGAAAAGGAAAAAAAAAAAGUAUAUAUAUAUUUAUGUAUAGUUAAAUUAAUCAGUUGAUGGAAUCUCUAUUUCACUUAGAGAUAUCUUUAAACUUUCAAUGUUUUCCUUGUAAUAUUGGAUUGAGUCAUGAUCUUUAACCAAGUUAUUAUCAAUUGAAUAUUGGUACAUGUG